GAUCUCACAACCAUAUCCGACUUUCACACGCCCCGGUGAUCUGUUGCUUGGUCAAUCCUGAUUGUAUACAUUGUGUUAUUUGCAUAUUUCCGGUCUCGUACUUCCGGUUGAGUCUUAGUGAGCUGAGGUAAAAGCUUUUAUAUCCGAAAGAAGGGAGUGUCAAAGGGAGAUUAAAGGUAUUCUGAGCUCUGACUCACACGCUUCGGCUUAGUCUGCAUUCCAGCAGUCCAGUGUGCUCUUCAAAACAUGGAGUCGCAGGAUUAAACCUGUUCAGACAAAACACAGUGGAUCGUGGUGAUGAUCGUGGUUGAUUGGGCAGUGAGAGAAUGUGGAAAUGUUUGUGUGGGGCUGAUUUUUAGGAGCGAACAGGUUCAAGGCAGAUUGCAGAAGUGACCACUGUGAGACAGACGGAACUGGCAUCAGUUUGGUCCCACUCAGAAGGCAGUGAUGGGGACGAAAGACCAGGACGGAGCUCAGAGCUUUCUGAAAAGUUUUGUGGAGGAGUUUGUAAACCCGCUGGGCCACGAUGACCCGCUUCCUCUCGCACCACUCAGCCGCACUGUGACGCUGGAGGAGGUGAAGGGUGAAAGCCUGGACCUGGGGCUUCGGCUGCUGACUGCCAGGAAGGCCCCUGGCUGGUUGAGUGCGUCAAUGUGCCAUGCUGCGGUCACUGAGCUUCUAAAAGAUGACCUUUCACCUUUCCACUGCCCUAAAGACCCUGAACAGCAGCAGGAAGGUGAAGCAGAAGUAGUUUUGCUGCAGUCUGAGCCUGUUCAGCGUCUGUUUAUCAACAAGCUGAGAGAAGUGGGUGUGGCCUGGCAGAAACAGCUGCCCAAUCUGACUCCUCGAUCCUCGCGGUCCAGCCUCUGCUCGGUCCACGCCAUUCGGAACACGCGCAGAAAGAUGGAGGAUCGGCACGUGAUGCUGCCUGAGUUUAAUCAGCUGUUCGGGUUACAGGACGGCGUGGAGCGUGAGUACUACGCCGUGUUCGACGGUCACGGAGGCGUCGAUGCCGCCAUCUACACCUCGACUCACCUGCACGUCGUCCUCAGCCGACAAGAGACGCUUAAGAGCGACACCGGCGUGGCUUUUAAAAACUCCUUCACACAAACGGACGAGAUGUUCAGAAUCAAGGCCAGGAGAGAGCGUAUGCGCAGUGGCAGUACGGGCGUGGCCGUGUUGCUGGCUGCUGAUUGGCUGACGGUGUCCUGGCUGGGCGACUCGCAGGCCAUGCUGGUGAAGAAGGGCGAGCCCGUCAUCCUCAUGGACCCACAUAAACCAGAGAGAGACGAUGAGAAGAAGAGAAUAGAAGAUCUUGGUGGCUGCAUUGCCUUCAUGGGCUGCUGGCGUGUUAACGGGACAUAUGCUGUUUCCCGGGCGAUAGGUGAUUUCGAUCAGAAGCCUUACGUGUCCAACGCAGCAGACUGUUCCUCGGUUCAGCUGAGUGGAGAUGAGGACUACGUUCUGCUGGCGUGCGAUGGUUUCUUCGAUGUCUUGCGGCCGGCUGACGUUCCCGCUCUGGUGCUGGAGGCCCUGCGUGAGGCGGGUGGCUCGGGUCAGGACGUCGCUCAGAGCCUGGUGGCUGAGGCCAAAGCUGCAGGCUCCAGCGACAACAUCACCGUCCUGCUGGUGUUUUUGCGUGAGCCACGAGACCUUGUACUGUCAGAGACGACGGCAGGGAAAGUGUGAGAGAACGAGCGAUAUAGAGAGACGGGAGUGUUAAAGCAGACCACUAGAGGGCUGAUGAUCUCUGUGCCAUCUCACUGUAUCUGACAUUGACGCUUCACAUUGCUCGGUGUCAUACUCUUAAUGAACUUCUCUUAAUAUCAAAGAAACAGUGUUUUUUUUUUAAUCUAAACAUAUAUUAAAAACUGAUGCCUUUUAUUUCAAAUUUUCUAACAGCCUUGUUUUCUAUUAUGGCCCUUUUACCUGCAUAAAUCUGAAAGACUGUUAUGACUAAUUUCUGGUGUUCUCGCUGACAUAUUGACUGUUUAUGGUUUUUUUUAUUGUCCCAUAAAGGCUGUGAUAUUGUUCUUUUAGGGAAAACUGUUCUUUGUUUUAACAACUUCACAGUAAUGUUAGCAACGACAGAUAGUUACAGUUAGUACCGUUUUCUUUUCUUAUCGUUAGCAAGACCUUGGGUUCAUUUCUUCUGUUCAGAUGUUUGCUUUUCAUAUUUACAGUUAUUUAUACUUGUUACAAAGCAGUAUAACGUUCACGCCAGCCUGUAUCAGUCAUGCUAACUGUUAUGCUUUUAAGGAAGUUUUGUCUUCUUAAGAACGUCAGUCUGUGUUUUGUUUUGUUUUUGCCUUUAAAUGUUUUCAAUAUCUAUUUGUUCAUGACAUCAACAACUGAUAUCAGAUGUUCAGUGCCAAAAAAAAAACAUUUUGCAAGAGACUAACAAAGCCAGGAGUCAUUUGUGUGUAUGUAUAGGAUUUAGUCUAUUUAAUUUAAAGGAGCAGAUUGUAAUUUUUUGAUAUUUUUUAGAUAUUUUCCUGUCAGUUGAACUAAAGCUACAACGAUAGUAUCCAUAAUAUCCGGGUUUUCUGAAAGUAUUUUUGAGGCUGUAUUAUUUUUACAGGCCUAGAGACGCACUUCUAAACAUUACAGACUACACCUUUAAUAAUCCUUCUCAGUGUUAAUAGUGAGUAAUGUUAAGGACUGAUCAGUUCGUCCUUAUUCCAGUAUUUUGAGACAAAGCCUUGAAAAACUGUCCCUUUUAAGCAUGUAGGUUCCUCCAAAGACCGCAUUUGUGUUUGAGGAAUAUUAACUUGCGGCAAGGUCGGCUUGCUGUCGGGCCGCAGGUCCUGCAUGCGCUGGGGCGUCUCACAUUACCUCUCGUUCAAAUGUCCUGAAUAUUUAAAAGCCUUGUGACAUGGAGCUGAUAUGACUGCACCAUGGCUUUAAUGCGAGUAGGCUAAGAAUAGAGCUAACUGUCAAUAUAUAGAGGGGAAGAAGGAGAAAGUGUUGAUUUAGUGAUUUGCUGUCUAUAAAAUUGAGGAGACAUUAAUAAUUUUGUGUUUGUUUCUGAAUAACUGACUUUAGAGUAUUUCUUAUUGCUUUAGAGCAUUUCAGACCGUGUUGCAUGUGAGAUUUAUUUUUAUUUGUCUGUUUUUUAAUAUAACAAUAGAUGUGUGUUUUGUAUGUGGAAAAACUGACAUAAAGGAUUUUGUAUCUGUCUUAAGAUAAGAUAAUGGUUGCCAUGGUUACCGGUAUAAAUGGACUAGCAGGGCUAAUCGCUCUCUCUCUCUCUCGCACAGAAAGACGAAUAGAAGCUUUAAUAUUUUUUUUUAUUAUUAUUACUUCCAAUUAACAAAUCUCUUGAAGUGAAAUAUUUAGUUUUUUUGUAGAACCAAGAGCAACGGCACCACUAAUGAUUGUAAGAUAUAGAAAAUACACUGAAUUCUUUUAUUUUCUUUCUUUCUCUCUCUCUCUUCUCACUUCUUUCUCUACUGCUUGCCUGCCCAUCAUUUUCUCGCCCAAUUUGCUCACCUGCCGUUUCCCACCCAGCAGCUACCACAUAGACAGCUAGUCUUCUCAAACUACUGCUGCUGAUCCAUCACAGCUCAGUGUAACACACUCAGUGGAGAGCAGUCUGCCCUCUUCCACAUACAUGAUCUCAUGGAAGCCAUCGUUGGGUUACUGACACUGUGAUUGACGGUGUGAGAGUGUCUCCCUUUCCUCCUGGCCUGAGAUCACGGUCAGUUUUUCAGCCUUAUCGCCAGGCCAUGGUUAGGUGGCUGAGGCAAUGUCUGCAUUAGAAUUUGCAGCCUUCUUACGGUUGUUCGAAUGUGUUUCAUGAGAACAUUUCUAAAUGUACCUACAACGUUUUUAGUCGAUGUACGUUAUGCUUUUCCCGUAAACUGUAAUAAUGCAGAAUAAUGUUACCAUGGCCGAUGAUUUCCGUGUGUUUUCCAGAAAUGUUAUUUUGCAAAUCUGCUUGGAUUUAACUGUUAAAUACAUGACUGAGUAUUCAGAAAACAUCGGUUGCUUUUCCUGGUAUAUGUCGUGAUGGUGAAAACCUUUUAGACGGAUCAGAUGUGUACGUAUUUGACUGCGACCUACUUCAAUUUGCCUAUCGGUUAUCUCUCUGCUGUUAGUCUUUACAGUCAUUGUGUGCCACUUGCAUAAUAUAGGAUCUUAAUCUGUCUGAUCUCCCAUUUCCCAUAAGAGUAAUGAUACAUCAUGACAUCAUUGCCGAUGUAAUCAGACAUUUAGAUAAAAACCAAUAUCCUGUUUUACUGACAUGUUGUGUUGUCGUGUGUAUAAUAACACUUUGUUGGCUGGUGUAUCCAUUUUGUAUCAUCUCACAAAUCAUUUUUAGCAGAAUUAACGUGUAUAAUGUCAAUUGUCAAGGGUUCAGAGUGAUUCACCGAACAACCCGUGGUGACUUUCUUUUUGAUGCUGAAACUGAGUUUGAUGUUUGAAGUGUUUCUUAUUGACUAAAUGCAGUGUUACAAAGGAUUAUACAGUGUUACACUGAGAUGACUUAACACAUAUCUCACACUUGUGUGCCUUAUUUUGUUGAAAUACGAACACUGCCAAUACACACAAAAGGUUCUGUGUCGAUCGACUUUCCUUGGUCAACUUGAACUGUUCUACGUUUCUAUUCAGCCUGUUUUAACAGUUUAUACACUUUUCUACUUAAUACUAAUAAAUAAUUUUCAUUCCA